GAAGURAAAGUGGGGCUGACAGAAGAAAUGACUCCUCGAGAGACAAACCUCUGAUGACGCUGCCUACCUGUGGUGAGACUGCGCAUGCGCAGAGGCCCGGUGUCACGCAGGCAGGCAGGCAGGCACCAGCAGCAGCAGCACCGCGGAGGCUGAGGAGACGACGGGAGAGCUGUCGGUGUUUAUUUCACAUUUAAAACAAUAAUAAUAACUUUCCUCCAACAUGUCGGGACUCGACAGCAACCCGUUCGCAGACCCAGUGGACGUGAACCCGUUCCAGGAUGCUUCAGUCACUCAGGCCACCAGCAGGGUCUCUGACAACCUUGGAGAGUACAACCCAUUCUCUGCAACUGAGAUGGGAACCUAUUCUGGAAAGACCAUCCCAGUCUCUGCUGCCUCCUCCCAACCCGCUGUGCUGCAGGCUUCUGUGGAGCAAACUCCAAAAGCGACUGCAGCAGCAGCUCAGGCCGACCUGCUCAGGCAGCAGGAGGAGUUGGAGAGAAAAGCAGCUGAGCUGGACCGCCGGGAGCAGGAGAUUCAGAACAGGACUGCAGGCAGCACCAGCCCUGGAGCCAAAGAGAACAACUGGCCGCCUCUUCCAAAGUUUUUUCCCAUCAAGCCCUGCUUCUACCAGAACUUUGAGGAGGAGAUCCCAGAGGACUACCGCAGGAUCUGCAAAAGGAUGUACUACCUCUGGAUGUUCCACAGCUCCACUCUGUUCCUCAACGUGUUGGCUUGCCUGGCCUACUUCACUGCAGACCCAAAGAAAGGGGUAGACUUUGGUCUGUCCAUCCUCUGGUUCAUCCUCUUCACCCCGGUGGCCUUCGUCUGCUGGUACCGACCUGUUUACAAAGCCUUCAAGUCAGACAGCUCCUUCAGCUUCUUCUUCUUCUUCUUUGUGUUUUUUAUGCAAGUGGCGGUCUACAUUAUCCAGUGUGUGGGGAUUCCCUCCUGGGGAAACAGUGGCUGGAUCUUGUCCAUCUCUGUGAUUGGUACAAACUUGGCAGUUGCAGUGAUAAUGAUGGUAGUGGCUGGGUUUUUCACUGUAAACGCUGUGCUGGCUGUCAUCCUGCUAAAAAUGGUCCAUGCCAAGUACAGGAGGACAGGAGCAAGCUUCACCAAGGCUCAGGAGGAGUUUUCCAAAGGAGUCCUGACCAAUCGAACCUUCCAGAACGCUGCAGCUUCUGCUGCCACCACGGCUGCCCAGGGAGCCUUUGACCAGAACCAGAGAAGCUAGGCYGCCCGCACCUACAUGGUGCCUCAGACAGCAGACCAAAACAGGCACUCAGAAAUAUGAAGUAGUCUAWAGGGACAUGGGUUUGAUUAUUUUAUGAACAUUUGCCUAAGAGGAAAUAACUUGUUACAAAAACAGGCAUGAGAAGGUGUCACAUUCUCCUCCACUAGAACAAAAUUGUAAUUGUGGGUAAACAAGAAGGCAUAUGACGCUUUAAACACCUCGUUAUUAUUAUUAUUAUUAUUAUUAUUAUACUUUUAAACACUUUGUGUUUGUAACUUUUAGCAGACGUACUGAAGGAGACACAUGAUUAGAAACCAUCCUUAGGGAGGUGGUUAAUUAUUUUUUAAAGUUUUCUAACAGGAGUGGAUGCACGAACAUCACACAGGAGCCUUUAGAAUAAAUACUGGAUGCAAAGCUUGACUUGUAUAAAUUUUUUUUAAAAGAAUCAACGCUUGUCGUGCAGAGCCUACAGAGUAGAUAUUGUUACACACUACAACAAACAGAGCCUUAAGAAUCAAAGUGCAUGCAGGGUCUGGUUUAUAUCAGAUCUGCAUGUGUGGGCCUACAGAGUGACGGGUGUGUCAUUCUGACUUGAACUUAAAGCUGACCAAGUUUAAUUUUAUGUUUUGUUUUGAAGAUUUGAUGUUUUAGUUAGCAUUAGCAUGUGCAAGCUAAUGAAGGUAAUGGGAUGAAGGUCCGUCUCUGCUCUGCUUUAACCAGCUGGGUUUGGGUGGAGCGUGUCUAAAUGAAGGUGACAGUGGGAGGUUGUUACGUUUUAUUCAUGUUGAGUCGUGAAGGAGACUUUUUUUUCUGUUUUCACUGGUUACUAGUAAAACAUUCAGAUUUGAUUAAGAGAUGACGCGUUAAUGAGCUGAAAGAACAAUAAUUGCACAUGUUGAAUAGUUACUAUUUAAUGGGUGUUUGGAUUUUUGCUCAUCGUUGCAUGUAAAUAUCUAAGACAAAUUUCUUUAUUUUGUUAUUGUAACACUGAAUUAGACUGUUAAAUCAGUGCCUUUUAAGCAGAUAUUGUUUUGUGUGUGUGUGGGAGUUAUGAUUCUUUAAUCUCCAUAAUGAGCAUUAAGUGUGUUGUACAUACAUGCUACAUUAUUUAAACUAUUCACUGGAUGGGUGUUGCUCUGAACUGGUUCUYAGUCUGAACAAGCAAUAAACUGGUUUAAGUAAA